AUGAAUCGUUCUCGGGAUCCUCCUCAUGAUCCUUCAUCUCUGGUUGCCCGUGUUGGAGGUAUUUGGGCUGGUGCAGAUCUUCAGUUCAACUUCCAGAAUGAAAUCGCCUCUCUCCUUGGCCGCGGCAGUCGUUCCUUCCCUGGCGCCCAACCCGUCUCCUUUGCUAGAAAGCGUCUUCAAGAGUUGAAACACCAGGAUUAUUACGUUUGUGAAAAGACGGAUGGCUUGCGCUAUUUGAUGUAUCUCAAUGAGGACCAGGGCAAAGGCAUCCACUACCUCAUCGACCGCAAAAACAUUUUGAGUGAUCGAAUUUCCCCAUAUCCUCCCUUAUGGCAUUCUGGCUUUCCUUCACGCUAUUAA